AUGCGAUACAGCGGCAACAUGACGUCCUACCUGGCCAAUGUUCACGGGUACAUGGGCACCAAGAGCCCGGAGCGGACCCGGCGCGCUCUGUUCAGCGUCCCCGGGGCCGAUGAGCGCAAGCUCAGCAAGGUCUCCUCGCUGGCAGCCGACAGCAUUGUCUUCGAUCUGGAGGAUGGGGUGGUCUUCGAGCGGAAGAGCCUCGCCCGGGAGAUGGUGUACUCCGCGCUGGAGACCAUCGAGCUCGGGGCUGGCCAUGCUGAGCGCGCCGUCCGCAUCAAUGCCGUCGGCUCGGGGCUCGAGCUGGACGACCUGAAUGUCGUGCUGCGCUCCAAUCGCCUGGACGCGCUGGUCGUGCCAAAGGUCGAAACCGCGCAGGACAUCCACUUUGUCUCGCGCUGCAUCGACCUGAUUGCCAGCGACGCCACGAAAAAUCGCGUGCGCAUCCUGGCUGCCAUUGAAUCCGCCAAGGGCCUGCUCAACCUGCAGUCCAUCGCUGCGGCCGACCCGCGUGUCGAUGCGCUGAUUUUUGCCUCCGAAGACUACUGCGCCGAUGUCGGCUGUACUCGGACGCCCCACGGCCGGGAGAUGCUCUUUGCCCGGUCGAACAUCGUCACCGUGGCCGCGGCGUACGGUCUCCAGGCCAUCGACAUGGUUUGCAUGGAUUUCAAGGACGACGCGGUCCUGCGCGACGAGUGCAUCGACGGCCGGCAGUUGGGCUUCACCGGCAAACGGAUACCGUCGGUCGGCGCGGCUUCCCUGCGGGCCGGGGCCCUUGCGGUGCCGAAGCCCCUGCAACCGCUACUCGCGCGAGCCUUCUCCAGCGCGAACGCCCCGACACCCGGGGCUCCAGCCCCGGCCGGCGAUGCCCUCCCCACCGACACCACCGUGGCCAGCGCCGUGGCCGUCCCCCCGACCGAGCCUGCUCCCUCGGGGGAGGCAGCUGCCGGGCAUGCGUCCGUCGCGUCCGCGCCCACCACGGUUGCCGCGCCCACCCCCCCGAUGUCCCCAGCGGCGCCUGUUGCCGCCCACUCCAUGUCCUACCUGGUCGUCUGGAAGCAUGCUCUGGACGCGUAG